GGACGUGCUCGGUGCUGUUAUGGCUUCCAGCGGUGUGACGGUGAGCGCCGCCGGCUCGGCCGGUGAGAACUCCGAGGUUCCAGACAACGUGGGAGACUGGCUUCGCGGCGUCUACCGCUUCGCCACCGAUCGGAACGACUUCCGGAGGAACUUGAUCCUCAAUUUGGGACUCUUUGCUGCUGGAGUUUGGCUGGCCAGGAACUUGAGUGACAUUGAUUUGAUGGCACCUCAGCCAGGGGUGUAGGCAGAGAAUGGACCUCCUGUGUAUUCACACUUCCCAAAGACAGCCUACUGUCUGUGACCACCACAAGACACUACCCGAGUGGCAGCUAAAGUUGACUCCCUCUCCUUGCCUGACCCUCCCUCCCACCAGGCCCCAGCUUCAGCUGAAAUGUUGCUUCUGCAGUUUUGUGUGCAGUUCCCAACUUUCUGCACAGGGCGAUCUUUGUCCCUGUCCUGAAGAGUAGAAAUGGUUCUUAGAAAAGAUUUCAAAUAAAGUCUGCACAUCAAGA